AUGCCACAGCUCUCAGAGCGCGCGGCCGUCCUUGCCGACUUGGACAGCAUGAUCCGUCAUGUCGUCGCGGGUUGGCCUGGCAGCGUGCAUGAUUCUACAGUUUGGGCCUCGUCUUCCCCUGCUCGCCACCCGGACAGCUUCUUCGAUGCCAACCAAUACAAAGCCGGCAACUCUGGCUUCGCUUUGUGUUUGCGCAUGCUCACGCCCUACCGGCUCCCCUACGCCGCCGAAAGCGGCAACGACGCAUUCAACACUGCACAUACAAGCCUCCGUGUGGUAUGUGAGCAUGGCAAUGGGAGAGCUACUGGUGUGCCGACGGGCCGCGGUGGGUUGUCUGGGGUGUCUGUGGGGCGGAUGGGGUCCUCCACAUCGAAUGGACAAAUGCUCUCCAAUUUGCUCUCGAUGGUGUAG